AUGUACUCCAAGGUCCUCUCUGGUGUCUCACUAAGCUUGCUAAUGAGCAAUGCUGCGGGCGAAGUCAUUCAUGGAGCUGUAGUUUUCUCCAGACAUGGUGAUCGAACCACCAAAUGGUACGGCGCUCAAUCCCUCACCAGUCUCGGCGCAGAGCAAAACUUCCAAGUCGGAAGCGACUACCGCGAUCGUUACCUCGCAUCUGACUCUGAAUAUCGUAUCUUGGGUAUCUCGGAGGAUGAAUAUAAACCCUCUCAGAUCUUCGCUAGUUCUCCUGACCAGGGCAUUCUUAUGAACACAGCCACGGCCUUUCUUCAAGGCUUUUACCCUCCUCUCGCUGAUCUCGACCCGGAGAUUGCUUCGCAGACUCUUAACAAUGGAUCAGAGAGUCAAGCUCCUCUCGACGGUUAUCAGUAUGUUCGCCUUCACACUGUUGGUGAUAACUCACCCGACACUAUCUGGAUCAAAGGCGACGAUGCCUGCCCUAAAUACGUCACGGCCUCAAAGUCCUUCAUGAAGAGCGACGAGUUCAUCCAGCGUGAAGAAGAGACGAGAGAGUUUUAUCAGCAGUUCUACGAUGUUCUUUCUGAGGGAGUUUACAACCUCAAGCCAGAGAACAUGACGUACCGCAACGCCUACAACAUCUUUGAUCUCGUCAAUGUUGCCCGUAUUCAUAACAGCACUUCUCCAGCUCGCAACGUCUCAGAUGAAGAUCUCCUGCAACUCCGCACACUCGCCGACUCAUCAGAAUUGGGCCAGAACUGGAACGAGUCCGAUCCUGCUCGGGCCAUCGGCGCAGAGACUCUCUCUGGUGCCAUCCUCAACCAACUAAACCAAACGGUGACCUCCAAGGGAAACCUCAAAUUCUCACUGUUUGCUGGGAGCUAUGACACCUUCAUGGCAUUCUUUGGACUUUCAGGACUCCUCAAAGAAUCUUCCGACUUCCACGGUCUACCAGACUAUGCAUCAACUAUGGCAUUUGAGCUCUUCACCGAUGAUAACACGGAUGAGUUUCCCUCAAACCCAGAGGCAGACCUCCGAGUACGUUGGCUCUUCCGCAACAGCACAGCCGGAGACCUAAAACCCUUUCCUCUCUUCGGAAGCGGCCAAGAAUCUUUGUCUUGGUCGAAGUUUGUUACUGAGAUCAAGGAGCGUGCUAUCACCGAUGUGGGAGACUGGUGCUCCAAGUGUGGUUCCGACGAGGACUUUUGUGCUGCGUAUAAGGACGAUGAUGAGACUGUCAGAGGUAAUAAUGAAGAUAAAGAUGACAAGGGUAGCAUGUCCAAUGCUGUUGCGGGUGUUAUUGGUGCUAUGGUGACUCUUGGUGUUGUUGCACUUGUGGGAGCAGCUGCUUUUGUGCUGAUGCGACGACGUAAGACAACUCGACGUGUUGAGGAGAAGGGUAGUGUUCGCAGUGGAAGCACUGAUGGAAACGCGGCCAAGGUCUAG